AUGAUGAAUGCUAUUGUAAUAGUUUUUCCACAUUCACAUCAUCGUUUAUGUCAAUGGCAUAUAAAUCAAAAUGCCCCCUCACACUUUGGGAGUUUAAAUGGUGAUUCAGCUUUUAAAAAAUUGUGGCAUAAAUGCAUGACUUAUUAUGAAUCUAAAGAUGAAUUUGAGGCCCAAUUGAGAUAUAUGAUUGAUAAAUAUAAUUUGGAUGAUCAUAAAUGGUUGAAUGGGAUCUACAGACUUAAAGAAAAAUGGGCUACUACUUUUAGCAAUGGAAAGUUUAGUGUGGGACUUUUGGCUACUUCGAGGAAUGAGGUCACUAAUAUGAUUUUGAAAAAAGCAGGUAAUAAGAUAAGUUCUUUGUAUGAAUUUGUGAUGAAUUAUGCAAAGAUUCAUGAUAAUUGGCGGGUAAAGGAGAAGGCUGAGGAUACUCGUUGUCUUCAUGAUAAGGCUGCACAAAUUUUGAAAAAUCAUCCAUUGUUGAUUCAUGUUGCUAAUGUUUAUAUAAUUACCAUAUACCAGUUAUUUGAAAUUGAAUUGCAAAUAUGUUGA